AAUUACAGGGAGAAUAACACAGGAACAAAAGAGGAGGAAAAUAUUUAUCUGUGUCACCAGAGCUUGUCUGACUGGUAAAACGUCUCUGAGUUGUCAGACAGAAUGAGAGGAAUGAUCCUCGCUGCUGAACAGAGCUGAAACGCCACCACAACAUGGUGGAUCGCUGUUGAAAAAGACGCUGGACCGGAGUCAGAGCGGCAAAGAAACGUUUUAUUGGUGAGUCCACAUACUGCUACUUUGAGACAAAAGACAAGAAGAAAGAUUUUUUUUUAUUAUUUGCUUCAAGAUCCGUUGUCUUUAAAAACAAAAAGGAUCAUCUAAAGGAUGAUCUAAUAUUGAAGAGGGUGAAUUUUUACAAUGAAGGAACUGACCGACUCUUUAUCUGGAAGACAGAAAACGUCAUCUGAGAGAACAAAACAAGCUAAAAUGGGGCUGUGCAGUAAACAUCCAGAGGUUCCUCAUUUAUUCUGUGAAGACGAGCAGAGAGCUGUGUGUCCUGUCUGCGAGUUUUCUCUCCACCAGAACCACAAAGUGGUUCCUAUGGAACAAGCGGUCGGUGGGCUGAAGAGGGAGCUGAAAUCUGACUUAAAGUCUCUGCAGGACAAGAAGGAGAAUUACAAACAAAUGGAGAAAACAUACGAUGAAAUGACCGGACACAUCACAGAUCAGGUGUCGUCCACAGAGAGACAGAUCAGAGCAGAGUUCAACAAGCUCCACCAGUUCCUGAAAGAGGAAGAGGAGUCCAGACUGGCAGCUCUGUGGGAGGAAGAGGAGCAGAAGAAGAAGACGAUAAAAAAGAGAAUAAAGAAGAUUGAGGAGCAGAUCAUCUCUCUGUCAGACAGCAUCUCUGCUGGUAAAGAAGAGCUGCAGAAAGACAACCUGUCAUUCCUGAAGGGUUACGAAGACGCACUGAGCAGAGCCAGAGGUCAGAGGUCACUGCCAGAUCCACAGCUGGUCUCAGGAGCUCUGAUAGAUGUGGCCAAACACCUGGGCAACCUGUCCUUCAGAGUCUGGGAGAAGAUGAAGGACCAGGUCCACUUCUGUCCCGUCAUUCUGGACCCAAACACUGCCAGCCGAUGGCUCUCUCUGUCUGAUGAUCUGACCAGUGUGAGACGCUGCGAAACGAAGGAGAAACUUCCUGACAACCCAGAGAGAAACAUUAACUACACCAAUGUUUUCGGUUCUGAGGCCUUCGGCUCAGGGAAACACAGCUGGGAAGUGGAUGUUGGAGAUCAUCCUCGCUGGAAUAUCGGUUUGGUGAAAGAGUCUGUGGACAGGAAGGGAGAGACCGAUGCUUUGCCCAAAUAUGGAAUCUGGUGUUUAGUCCACAGUGAUGGAAAAUACAUGGAUGGCGAAGCUAAUGUUGUCACAAUGAAGCAGAGUCUGAGGAAAAUUAAAGUCCAGCUGAACUAUGACAGAGGGGAAGUGUCCUUCUACGACUCUGAAGACAUGAGUCACAUCCACACCCUCAGAGACUCUUUCACUGAGAAACUCCUGCCUUAUUUCUGUGUUGGAAAAACUGGAGAAGUGGAACCUACAAGUAUCAAAGUCUGUAAAACUGAGAUUAAUUUUUAAGCAUCACAUAAACCGAGUGUAAUGUUUGAAAAUGAAUGUUUUUUGUUCU